GGGCCCCUUCCCGCGGCUGCAGGACGUCCCGGGGGCCCGGAGGCGCGCGCCGCGACCACCCCCUCCGCGUUCCCCGCCCACCGCCGGCCGCGCGCCCCGCCGAGCCCGCCCCGCGCCCGCCCCGCCGAGCCCGCCCGGUGCCCGGUGCCCGGUGCCCGCGCUCCCCACGCAGCCGCGCUGGGCGGCCCCGCGGCGGGGCGGGCUCGGGGCGGGCGGCGGCCGGGCCGGGCCGGGCGGCGAUCGCUUCAGGAAGUGACAAGUCGAUUUCCUCCGCCGAGCCGCUCGUACAAAGCGCCGGGCCGGCAGGGAGCGUGCGCGGCGCGGCGCGGCGGCGGGGCCCGAGGACGCGGCGGCGGAGGCGAGCGGGGCGGCCGCGCACGCGAGUAGCCAGCCUGAGUGGCCAAUGGCGUCUGUGUCCUGCUGACUCCGCCGGAGGUGCCCUCGCCCAGACGCCUGCCCGCCUGCCCGCCCGCCCGCCGCAGGACGGCAUCCCUGGCCUGAGCCCCUUACCAUGGUGAUGAUCCUCAGGAAAAGCCUCGACACUCAGGGCGCCGACGCCGUGGCCUGCCAGCCCUUCAGCCCCGAGCUGCACACGCCAAAGAAGAUGAGUCGAGGACCGACCCUCCUCUCUUGUGGAGUGAUGGAGAGUGACCGGUGGCGAGAGCUGGACGGGAAGUGCCCUCUGCAGGUGGAGCAGCCGCGCGCCGGCCUCUGGGAGCACCAGGAUGGGGCGCUGUGGCCCCGGGACACGGCGGCCUGUGCCGUCACCAGCCUCAUCCAGGACCUCAGCCUCAGUGACCGCCACGGGCACCCCUCGGCGCCCCCCAGCAAACGCCAGUGCCGCUCGCUGUCCUUCUCCGACGAGAUGUCCAGCUGCCGGUCGUCGGCCUGGCGGCCCCUGGGCUCAAGGGUGUGGACGCCAGUGGAGAAGCGGCGCUGCCUGAGCGGGGGCAGCGUGCCCAGACCCUCGCCCGGCGCCGGGCCCAUGCAGCGCAGCUCCAGCUUCAGCCUGCCCUCUCGGCCCCCCCAGGGCCCCGCCGGAUGCCCCCGCAGCCCCGAGCCCCCCGAGGCGUCCGGCCGCCUCGACGUGCAGCGCUCGCUGUCCUGCUCCCACGAGCACUGCCCGCCGUCCGCCAGCAGCACCCCCGCGUCCACGCCCGAGCUGGCCCGCAGGACUGGGGGGCUCUCCCGCAGCCGCUCGCAGCCCUGUGUGCUCCACGACAAGAAGGCGGGGGUCAAACGGAGGCGCCCUGACGAGGGGCCUGGGCAGCGGCCCUCCCUCGACCUUGCCAAGAUGGCCCUGAACUGCCAGACCUUCAGCAGCCUCAGCUGCCUGAGCGCCAGCGCCGACGAGGGCCCCCCCAGCCCCCAAACCAGCGCCCCCCGACCCCCGGGCCCCGUGGGGGGCAGGACCCUGCUGGACACACCGCCGCCCACCUGCAGGGAGGAGCCGUUCUGUGAGGACGAGGGCAGCCGGCGGGGGCGUGGGGCGAGGGGCAGCCCCUGCUCUCUGGACGGAGAGCUGGACAUCGAGCAGAUCGAGAACAACUGAGGCCUGUCUGGCCUGCCGGAAGCUUCUGGAAGCCUUGGUUUCAGGGCCGAGCCCACUGCCUCUUGACGGGCGGUGCAUCUCUGCGGACACCUCAGCCCUGGCCAACGUGGAGGCCAGGGGGCCACUGGUUCGGUCCAUGUCCCCCUUUCUUUGUGGGGCGUCACCCCAUGACUCCUGCUGCCUCCCCUGCCCUGUGGGCUGUGGGGGUCCUGGCCUUCCCGGCCUCCUGCUCAGGGUCAGUUUUGGGGGGUCGGCCCCACUGCUUCUCUCCCUCAGUUCUCUGUGCCUUCUCUGCAGGGGCCCCUGCUUCCGGCUUGGGGCAACACCACAACCAUUUGGCCUUAAUCCCGGCGCUGGGAAACAGUCUGGGACACAGGUGGGACCUGGCUCUUCGGGGACGUCUGUGUGGGUGGGCUCUGUAACUGGAGAGCAGAUCUGUCCUCCCUCCCGGGGGGUGUCCUGUCCCUCCAGGGCCCCCGUCACUGGAUGAUGUGUCCAGGUGGGCCACCUGCCGGCCGCUAGGGGACUUUAGCCCCCCCCAAGCACGUCCAUGUGGGGAGGGGGCACAGCCCCUACUCUCCGCUUCCCACACGCUCAGCACUCCAGGGACCUGGUCUCGCCCCAGCCCCCACCUGCCAGGGCACACCUGCUCACUGCUUCCACAGGUGGUGGGGAGGAGGAUCACUGAUCCCCGAGAGGCCCUCUGAGCUUCCCUGUAGAGACCCGGCUCUGUCCCCCACUCUCCAAGGUCGUGUCCGGAAUCCUGGAUGUGAGGCCAGGCCUGGGGGCAGUUCCGGGCCACCUCAGGGUCCCCCAGCACAGGUGUGUCCUCUGACCUGAGUGGACAGCAAGCAUGGUCCUGGGUGCGAAGGGGCAGGGGAGCUGGGCUUAGCGGGAACAGGUGGUCACUCGAGGCCCAGCCUGUGAUGAUGGGUGUCUAUGACAGACCCUCGUGGCCCCUGGGCCACCCGUCCUGCCCAGACCAUCCUCCCUGCCCAGCAUUGGGGGGGGGGGCUUGGCAUGUCCCUGCUGCUCACAGACAGCAUCUCGCUGGCCCUGUGUCUGUCCUCUGGAAAGAACAGGCCUUCUAGAAUGUUCUGCAGUGUCCCCACAGGACCCUCCCUCUUUGACUCCCCCCAACCCCCAGUGUGACUGUCUCCAUGGGGCAGUAGGAGCCCCCAGGUGGCAGCAUGGGGCCUCACUUCUGUCGGGGCCCUGCCCAUGAACCCCGUGUGUGUGGGGGGUCCCUGGGCAUCUGUGAAUGCCACUGAUCACAUGUGCAGGCCCCAGACCCUCUUGCCUUAUAGGUGGUGGGGGGGCCCCCAGGCCCCAGGAAGCUCCCCCCGACGCACACACGCACGCAAGCACACACACAAUCACACACAUACACACACACGCAGAGCCCCAGCCCCAGAAAGCCUUACUUCUCAGCGCACUGUUUUCGUAGCCAAACGUUUUGUGAAUUUGUAUGUGGAAAGAAAAGGGGAAAUAAAUAACAGGAUAAAUGGGGGACCCACCCUGGGGGGGAGCAGCUGCCCUGAAGCACCUAGGGACGCCCCUCCCCACAGCACCUGACUGCCGCCCCCCAUGCAGAGGGAGAGGUGGGGGGACCCCGCUGAGUCGGGAUGUAGUCUGACCUAGCGCAGCGUUUACGGCAGAGGAACAGGGGCUCUUGGGGGACGCUUGGUGUGGCUGAGCUUCAGGAAGGGGUGCAGCUGUGCUCCCCACGCACCACGCUCUAGUCUCAGGAAUCAGCUUGUUACUUUUACUGUGUAAAUAAAGCUUCCUGGUUCACCGCC